GGCACUAUUGUUGAGUUAGAGGGAUAGAAUCAUCAUAUUGCUUUAGGGGACAGCAGGAUUUAAAAGGAGAUGCCUUACAGCCCUGUUUUACAGAUUGGAAGCAUCGGUUUAAGGGCAUUGGCAGAAUCAUUUCCUUGUUCUUAGCAGCAGCCACUGCUGUGUCAGUAGCGUGUGGAAUGGAAGUCCUAGUUGGUAGUCUGUUAUGGAAACGCUGUUUACUGUUAUUGUAGUACCGUGGUGACAACAUGCCAUUGAAAUGGAAAACGAGCUCUCCUGCUAUCUGGAAAUUCCCAGUUCCUGUGCUUAAAACAUCCAGGUCAUCGCCACUUUCUCCAGCAUACAUAUCUCUGGUGGAAGAGGAGGAUCCUCAUAUGAAAGUAUCUCUUGGCAGCAGCGAUAUGGGCGUCUCUGCCCACCUACAGUCUUCGAAGACAGGAACCACAAGAUUUUUCACCAGCAAUACUCACAGUUCUGUGGUAUUACAGGGUUUUGACCAACUGCGUGUGGAAGGUUUGCUCUGUGAUGUGACACUUGUUCCUGGAGAUGGUGAUGAGGUCUUUCCUGUCCACAGAGCAAUGAUGGCUUCUGCAAGUGAUUACUUCAAGGCCAUGUUCACAGGAGGAAUGAAGGAACAAGAUUUAAUGUGCAUUAAGCUUCACGGUGUGAACAAAAUAGGCCUAAAGAAGAUAAUUGAUUUCAUCUAUACUGCAAAACUUUCCCUUAACAUGGACAAUCUUCAGGACACUCUGGAAGCUGCCAGUUUUUUGCAGAUUUUGCCUGUUUUGGACUUCUGUAAAGUAUUUCUUAUCUCUGGGGUUUCAUUGGAAAACUGUGUUGAGGUUGGGCGAAUUGCCAACACAUACAAUCUCACAGAAGUGGAUAAAUAUGUUAAUAAUUUCAUCUUGAAGAACUUCCCUGCAUUAUUAAGUACUGGUGAAUUUGUGAAACUCCCCUUUGAACGUCUUGCCUUCGUGCUUUCAAGUAAUAGCCUUAAGCACUGCACUGAACUUGAACUCUUCAAGGCAGCAUGUCGCUGGCUGCGCUACGAGGAACCUCGCAUGGAGUACGCUGCAAAGCUCAUGAAGAACAUCAGGUUUCCCCUGAUGACACCCCAGGAUCUUAUUAACUAUGUUCAGACGGUGGACUUCAUGAGAACUGACAACACCUGUGUCAACUUGCUUCUGGAAGCCAGCAAUUACCAAAUGAUGCCGUACAUGCAGCCGGUGAUGCAGUCGGAGCGGACAGCCAUCCGCUCGGACAGCACGCACCUGGUGACCCUGGGGGGAGUGCUCAGGCAGCAGCUGGUGGUCAGCAAGGAGUUACGGAUGUAUGACGAGAAGGCCCACGAGUGGAAAUCCUUGGCUCCCAUGGAUGCGCCGAGGUACCAGCACGGCAUCGCCGUCAUCGGGAACUUCCUGUACGUGGUGGGGGGCCAGAGCAAUUACGACACGAAGGGAAAGACAGCGGUUGACACGGUCUUCAGGUUUGAUCCUCGCUACAACAAGUGGAUGCAGGUGGCAUCUUUAAACGAGAAACGGACCUUCUUCCACCUAAGUGCCCUCAAAGGACAUUUGUAUGCAGUUGGAGGUCGGAAUGCAGCGGGUGAACUAGCCACUGUGGAAUGUUACAACCCCAGAAUGAAUGAGUGGAGCUACGUGGCAAAAAUGAAUGAACCCCACUAUGGUCACGCUGGAACCGUGUAUGGGGGGUUAAUGUAUAUUUCAGGGGGAAUUACCCAUGACACUUUCCAGAAGGAACUCAUGUGUUUUGACCCUGACACAGACAAAUGGACUCAGAAAGCUCCGAUGACGACAGUCAGAGGUCUGCAUUGCAUGUGUACUGUAGGAGACAAGCUGUAUGUUAUUGGUGGAAAUCACUUUAGAGGAACAAGUGAUUAUGAUGAUGUUCUAAGCUGUGAAUAUUACUCACCAACUCUAGACCAGUGGACUCCAAUUGCCGCCAUGUUACGUGGGCAAAGUGAUGUUGGGGUUGCUGUCUUUGAAAAUAAAAUCUAUGUUGUUGGAGGAUAUUCUUGGAAUAACCGGUGUAUGGUGGAAAUAGUUCAGAAAUAUGAUCCAGAAAAAGAUGAGUGGCAUAAAGUAUUUGACCUUCCAGAAUCCCUUGGUGGCAUUCGAGCCUGCACUCUCACUGUUUUCCCUCCGGAGGACAAUACAGGGUCACCGUCUAGAGAGUCUCCUCUUUCAGCACCUUAGAACCAUCCCUUGAUUCACGAUGUCGUAGUAACACCUCUGCACUGCAUCAUGGGGUCUAUUAUUUUUCUUCAGUAGUUUCUGUUAGGUUUAGCCUGCAGCAUUUCAUACAAUUACUGGGGGGGAAAAGAAAAAAAAAAAAAAAAAAAAAAAAAAAAAGAAAAGAAAAAAAAAAGAAGAAAAAAGAAAAAAGACUUUGACAUUAUUUGUGCUGUUUGUUUGGCCUAGAAUGUCUCUCAAGUGGUUAACAAUAAAAGAUGUACUCGCCCGAGCCAAAUGUGUAACAAAUGAGAGAGUAUUGUCUAUAAAAUGUAUGAACUAGGUACAUUAUUAAUGUUGUAUGUUGGGUGUGAGGUACCUUAUAGCUUACAUUUGGGAGCCCAGUGAGUCAAAAUUGUACUGAACAUGUCACUAAAUUUCAUGUUGAAAUCCUUCUUCCUUUCAUUUUUGACUGCAGAUUACAAGGGUAGGUAGACCACAUCAAUGUGAAAUGUCUGAAGGCUGCCAAGGGGCCUGAGCUACCUCCCUCUUUACACAGAGUAUUUUUGACAUAUCUGUUUACCCACCUGACUUUGUGGGUGCUUUCAGAGCAUAUGAAGUGUCUUAGGCAGAGGGGAUAUAUAAAAAAAUUUUAAAAUAUUAUCACUGUAUAGGAGCAGACCUUGUAGAGGCUGGGAGUUUUUUAUAACAUAUAUCGAGUGUUUUUCCUGAGUCAGUUGAAUGAUGCUUCAAACAAAACAUCCUAAACAUGUUUGUGGUUUUUAAUUUGUUGGUUGUUUUUUUUUUUUUUUUAGGAAUUGGCUUCCGCUUGCAUGGGAGCGCACACUAUUAGCAAACGGGAACUCAGUGCAGUUGUGUAUUCUCUUGUAUGGCUGUACUGAAUAUGGGUAGUUAAGGGCUAGAAACAGUAACUUAAGCCACUGAAUUUGACCAAAUGGUUCCAUCCAGUCAAAUUUAAUCUACCUUUUCUCCUUUGCUGUUGAGAUAACUUGCAUAAUGUGUCCUCUGUAUAGUCUCAGUUAAUAAGGUUAUUUAGCACAAAGUGCAGCUUCAGUGAGAGAGCUGCUUUUGCUCAGUGAACCUGGACUACCACAUUUUACCUUCUUUUGUUCAAUAAAACUUUUAACUGCA